AUGAAUCUGAACAACCUGCCGACGGAAUUAAUUGCUCGAAUUCUUGACCACCUGGCUCCUCUUUACAGAGACCUAGGCCGUCGCGAUCUAUGCCAGGCCCGCCUGGUGUGCCACUUGUGGAACGACCUGGUAACCAAGGCGCUAUUCAAAAACCUCACGUUGUCCCAUACUCUGGAGACUGCGGGCCAAGACUUUCAAUCCUGGAAGAACCUCGUCAGUCUUGAAACCGUACGUGAUGCCGCGCAAAGCGUAGUCAUUGAGACAUGCCCAGCAAAGGAUCUAGUCCACGGCCGUGACCCGACGACAUGGCACGACUGGGAGGAAAAGGGUGAAUGGCCUGCCUUCACCUCGGCGAUCGAUAGAAUCGCCGAGCUUCGCCAUAUCAGGUCAAUCAGCGUUCGAUUUUCCAAGUGGUGUCUUGGAGAUCAUAUCCACUUUGGAAGCACCAGAGACCGCGAGUUGCAGUCCACGCGCGAACAUACACUAAGGAACGUUCUCAAUGCCUUGCAGCAGCGGAGAGCCCGCGGUGGCACUUCUGAAGUGACAGAGAUCCGAGAGCUGGCACUCGAGAAUCUGCAAAAUAUUGCUCUCCCGCUCGACAUCUAUGAGGGACUCCUCAAAGACAUGACCCGUUUGCACAUCAUGUUCUGCGUGGAACAUACUCGAAACGCCUUCGCCUACGACACUCACCACAUAGAGCGCCGCGAAUACGAGCCGCACCUGCAAAAGACCCUCCUCCCUUCUGUUGCCAACCAGCUCGUCGAACUCACACUCGCCUCUCAAGACCGCUGGGGGGUAAUGCCGGGCAAGUUCAAUGGCGAGGGUCUUGACUUUCCAUUCCUCGGGACUUUGACACUCGGUGAAUAUGUGAUUGGACAUCAUCGUCAGUUUGACUGGGUGCUAGCUCAGAAAACGCUGACUUGUCUACGGCUGAAUCGUUGCUUCAUCGCCUCACACAUGCGUUUGUACGAGGGUGACAUUGAAGAGUGGCAUAUCGAUACCGAGGAUUGGGAGAGGGUGUCCAGCGAGCCUUACUACGGGUGGGACGAACAUCAGGUCUAUCUCUUCUCCGGGAGGUGGGAGACAGUAUUCGACAAUAUUCGAGAGAGCCUUCCUCGACUGGCAGAGUUCUGCCUCACCUGGGAUAAACCAACAGAUUUCUUCCGCCAACUGGAUGUUUCUAAGCCUUCUUGGCUAUCACUGGACCGUUACAUCACGUUUGACAUCUCAAAGAAGCCUAGUCCUUGGAUUGCCUCGAAGGAUUUUGGUUACUACCCUUAUCGAGACGACAAGGAUCCGACGAGGCCUGUUAACCUCGCUCAGGUGAUGGAUGAGCAAGAUCGUAGAGCGUUUGAGGAGCUGAUUUCUGCAACGUAUCAGCAACGAAAGAUGACUGGAUGA